AUGGCGAACAUUCAAACUGUAGUGGUCGUCGGCAUUGGCCAGAUGGGCACCAGCCAUGCAUUAGCCUACCACCACAACCCCGGCUACAAGAUCAUCAGCCUGGUCAACCGAAGCCCAAUCAAAAAGCUUCCGGAUGAACUGAAGGACUACCCCGUCCUAACAAGCUUCAACGAAGCACUGGCCCUGAAGCCAAAUGUGGUCUCCAUCAACACCCACACAGCAACACAUGCUGAUUUCGCCAUAACAGCAAUGAAGGCCGGGGCCCACGUCUUUCUCGAAAAGCCCCUGGCGGCAACAGUCGAGGAAGCAACCCGGGUUGUCCAAAUAGCCCAGGAAACCAAGCGCAAGCUCGUAGUCGGCUAUAUUCUCCGCCACCACCCGAGCUGGGUUCAGUUCAUCCAUCAGGCGCGGCAACUCGGGCCGCCGUUCGUGAUGCGCAUGAAUUUGAACCAGCGCUCGUCCGGCGACGAGUGGGCGAUCCACAAGCGACUGCUCCAAGACGCCAAGAACCCGCUCAUAGACUGCGGCGUUCACUACGUCGAUGUCAUGCUGCAAAUCUCGGAUAGCAAGCCUGUCCAGGUCCGUGGGAUGGGACUCCGGCUCAGUGACGAACUUCCAGCAGACGGUCAGGUGAACUAUGGCCAUCUGCAGAUUAUCUUUGAAGAUGGGUCUGUUGGCUGGUAUGAAGCUGGAUGGGGCCCGAUGAUGUCGGAAACGGCGUACUUUGUGAAAGACGUUAUUGGACCAAGGGGAUCCGUUUCAAUCGCCAUGGAUGGGAAGGGGGAUUCGGCCAAUGUCGAUAACCACACUAAGCUGUCGAAGCUGCGGCUGAACUCCGUUAUCGAUGGGCGUCCACAAGAGGAAAUGCUUUCGAUGGAAGAUGACUUUACUCACAACGAUCUCUGUGCUCGAGAGCAGCAGUAUCUGCUUGACGCAAUUACUGAAGACAAAGAUCUCUUUGCGCACAUGGAGGCUGCUGUUCGAUCGUUGCGGAUCGUGUUUGCGGCUGAUUUGUCCAUGCGGGAGAACCGCGCCAUCGAUCUUGUCGAAUAA